CAAAAAAUGGAGGCAUGGCUGCAGUGUGUUUUUGCUUUUAUUUCUCAUAGACAUGUAAGAUCACCAGAAUCAGAAUCAGAAAAAGGUUUAUUGCCAUUGCCACAAGAAGUUGCACUUAUGUGGAAUUUGCCUUGGUGGUUGGUGCAUACAUAAACAAACUAACAUAUUAAACAUUAAUAUGAAAUAAACAAUACAUUCAGAAACAAAUAUAUACAAAAUAGCUGUUUUGCAUAAGAAGGAAUGGAUUGAGUGCAGAAUGUGCAGUGAUGACGUUGCUUGAAAAGAAAGAAAAAAGCAUAAUCUAAACUCAGAAAUAUGGAAAAUAUGUCCUUAAUGUCUCAGAAAGUGUGUUGCACUUCCCUCCUAAAACAUUUCACCUGCCAGUCAAACUUCUGACCAUACUCCAUCCCUCCUCCUUCCCUCCUAUGUCCCCUCCUUCUCUCCCACCUUCCCUCCAUCCCUCCCUUCCUGUUGCCAGCUACGUUCCCACAGCCUUUUAUUCCUCUCCAUCUCGCCAUCUCUCUCUCCACACUGUCACACCAUCCCGCAGUCCCUCCCAUUUGCCCCUGUUUAAUUGUGUCUUUAGGCCUACAACUACCCCUUUCAGUCCCACUCGGUGUGUUAAAAUGAACUUCCACUGAGAAAUAUUUCCCACAAGUCGCACCUCCGCUGGAGAAAGACGUCUGACGCGACGCGCGAGUAUUUUGUUGCGUGGUUCACACGAAGUAUGGGUAGGGUGGGUGUGUGACUGCGUGGUUGUGUGUUGAGGAAAUGAGGGGGGCGUGUGUUGAGCUGUGAGUGCAGCCCGGCCCCCUCACAGGGAAGCCCGGGAGAGCAACAGCUGGAUCAGCAGUCCGCCGUCCCUCCGCGCAGUGCCGCAGGAUGUUGCAAGAUGGGACAUCCCGUUAAGUCAGCGUAGUUGUGAAAUGUUCAUGAUGUCUUCGCUGCCAGGGGUUGGAUGGACUGUUUUCUGUCUCCUUCUGCUCUGGAAGGGAACGGCAGCUCAAGGUGUGGCGGUGCGAUGCUCCGUGGCACCAGUGGGGGCGCUACACCCUGUUCAUGGUCUGCUGGAGAGGUUCGAGGCCGGUCCAGGCUGCGCUGCCAGAGAACGAGGAAACAAGGAAACUCACGUCAUUGCAGUGAGGAGAGUAACAAACAGCCCCGAAAACAAGGUGACGGUGUUGCUGAAGCCUUUGUUUCUGCACCCCUCCCCUUUCAGAGCCCUCCACCUCCUGCUCAGCUCCAGGCUCCCCGUCAUCUGGUGGCUGCAGGCGGAGAGACUGCCCCCUAACCUCCCCGUGCUGGUGCAGGUAUCCUCAAACUCCAACGUGCAGUCCCACACCCUGCGUCUGAAUGUCCAGACUGUGCAUUCGCUGCCUUUUGGUCCACGUGCGCUGCACCGCUGGGCUCUGAGACACCACAGCAACCUGUCCUCUCUGACAUACAUGACACACGGCAACCGAGUCUACGUCUCACUGGGAGAGGAUCCAACGCUGCCUGCUGUGUGCCAGCUGCAGUCCAUGUUCCUCUCUCCCAACUACAUGACCUCGGAGCUGCAGCCACAGGAAGUGCAGGGCUGCGCUGACGCGUCAGCGGGUGGGAUCAGCCCUGAAGUCCAUGUGCUCAAGCUGCAUUCAGCGGGCUCCGGGCUCUGUGGCUCUCUCCAAGUGGAGGUGAUCAUCUCUCUUGUGCCCCUGGUGGCUUCAAAGAUGCAGACAGUUGUUCUGAUCCUCAGCAGCUCUGUGCCGAUCAACUGGGCCAUUGUUGCUCCAGGUGUCCGGGGUCAUGUCUCUGUUCAUUCAUCCAACAGUGUAUCCCCACCUUACCCCGCUGAGCCUGGCCUGACCCUGUCCAGUACUCUGAACUCUGACCUGUCCACAAUAUCUGACCUUCUUGUGUGGGCCAAUGAGAGGGGCUACAGCAAGGUGACCUCAUACACCGAGGCUGACCUGGCCAAUCGCUUUGUGAUCCAGCUGGCUGGGGGCAGGACAGACUUGGCUGUGGGGAUGAAUCCGCUGGUCGGGAGGCCUCCGUGGGCCGAGGAGCGCAGGCUGAGACAGUGGCUGAACGGAGGAGGCAGACCAGGGGGAGACCGACUGAUUUUAACGGUGCAGUGUGAGGACGGACGCCUCAGCGUGAGCGUAGACCAACACAUCCUGCAGAGCUUGUCUGUCCCGGUGGCUGCCGUGACUCUACGAGACUCAACGUGCCAGGCUCAGUCCAAUGGAAGUCAUUUCCUGUUGGUGUUCCCAGUCAUUUCCUGUGGCACUGAGGGUCUGCUCCUGGGACAGCCUCGAAGGGUGAAGUACAAAAACAUGGUGUUGUUAUGGAGAGAUGAGCCUCAGGCCAUUCUGGCGCUCAAUGAGACAGAAAAGAAGUCCAAAAAUCCACUCAGCGUGCAUUUCAGCUGUUCGUCCAGAGUCCCCGCUCUACCCAGAUCUGCCGACGGUGAUGAUGUCGAUGUAAACAGUUCUCAGGCGGGGCUGCUCCCCUGGGCACCCGAAGGUCCGGGACCUGAUCCAGGACUGAGUCACCUACCGACACCCAGACACAGAUCCGGGCCUGUUCUUAUUUUGAAGCUCUUUGUCACCGAGAGCUACGAGCAGAGACGGAUCGGCCCCUGUGUCAUAACUGCAGACCACCGUGUCUAUGUUGAGAUUUCAGCCAAAGGGCCUUUCAUCGAUGUCGUGGAAGUGAAGUCAUGCGUGGUCUCUCCUCUGUCAGACCCCAAAAAGUCUCCUUUCUGGACUGUCAUAAGCGUCGGCUGCUCCUCAGAUCCCUCCCUGACCGUCGUGGGAAACGCAACAGACGAAGAGGAUGAAGAGGCCGAAAGUGAUGCUGAACUGGAAGAGGAAAAGGAAGAGACAGCUGGACUGGAGAGAGACGGAGACAGAGAUUUCUCAUUCCGACAUAGUGUUGAAAGAAGACGGAGAGAAGCACCAGAAAGGAUGGAAAAAAGUAGCACAAGGAGAGGAGAGGAAGAAGAGGAGGAAAUACAGCCGUUAAGAUUUAGUUUCAUCCUGCGACCUGUUUAUAAUAACUCGAUUCAGUUCCUGCACUGCAGCCUUCGCCUGUGUAUCUCUGACUCGAAAAGAGGGGAACCCACGAAGGAAGACGUGAAGAAUAACUGUCAGAGUGGGCUACGGAUCCCUCCACUUGUAUCUAGAUCCCCCGGACAUCAGUGCGAGAUCAGAAACCUAUCCAGGCCCAUGGUGGUCACCCAGAAGAUUAGUUCACUAGUACCCAAACUGCUGAGGCCCCCCACUGGCCAAAGAACCAGGAGCCUGAGCGCCUCCCCACUGAACAGUCCAGACCCCCAGCACAGCAGCGCUGUGGUGCAGAGAGGACCAGUGAUGGGAAUUGUCUUCGCUGCCUUUGUGAUGGGUGUCUGUCUGACGGGGGGGCUGUGGUGCAUCUAUCAUUAUACAGGGCCACGUACAGCGACACUUGGAGGAGAAAGUCAUUUAACAGACACGCACACCCAUGAAGGCGGCAACAUCUGGACUCCACUGUCACCGUCGGAUCAGUCGUCCAGCUCGGUGUAGAGGAUUUCCUGCAAAUCAGAGGAAGGAGAACUGGGACAGCUUGUGUGUGUGCAGAGCCAAUGUUUGCGCACGUCUCCAUCGUUGAUCGCUGUGUUGUAGAAAUGUGAGGGGACUGAAACUAUGUGAACACAGAACAGCACAUCACCGCAUUGUGAAACAUUGUUUGUUUGGUGUUGCGAGCAAUUCUUCAUCAAAGGCAUCUCAAAAGUAGCAGCGAUCGUUGUCACA